UAAAAUUGACAUUUUGACUAGUUAGGAUCUAAAAUCUCAAUUUUGAAAUAAGGAUUUUGUAAAAUGUUGUGACGUGAUGUCUCUCUACUCGUGUCUUCUCUAUUCUUUCAUUCUUUGUUAUAAGUAAUUAUACUGGCAAGAUUUUCCGUAAAGUAAUCAAAAAGUAAUUUGUAAUGUCACUUUCAUGUGUUUUUAAUCAUAACAAACCUAACCUCAUUUAAGAAAUUAAUAUUUAUUUAUAGAUAAAUAUUUAAAAAACCAAACUUAUAAUGAAGAAGGUGAAACAAAAUAAACCUAAAUUUACUAACACACGUAAAGCUCUCCGAAAAGAGAAGAGAAAACAGAAGAAAGUUCAUCGCCUUGAACACAGUUUGAAAAAGAAGAAUAAAACUGUUCUUAAAUUUACUCCUGGCCAAUUCGUUAAACGCCCAGAUGAUGUCCCAGUUGCGAAGAGUGAAAAAAAGAAAAAAAUGAACAAUCAGCCCUCAGCACAAGAUAUUCUCAUUAGGCAGAUAGCUAAGGAGAAAAGAGAAACAGAAAAGCUCAAAACAGACAUGGAUUCUCAAAGGAAACAAAUAUUACUGAAGGCAAAUGAGGAAGAAGACAAAAUGAUAAAAAAAUUAGAAAAACACCUUGGUUUGAACAAAUCGAAAAAUAAAAAUAAUUAUUUUUCCGAAGACGGAUUGGAUUAUCUCUUAGAAGUUUGUGAUAGAGCAACUUCUGAACAAAUAGUUGCUGCAGAAAAACAUUUAGCUGACGUUGAAAGAGAUUCGGACUUUGAAGAGGAUUUGGCAGUAGUCACUGGAAAAGAACUACCCAAAGAUAAAAAGAAACAUGUUAAAAAUAAAUCUGAUGAAGAUGAUGAUGAUGAGUCUAAUGAUGAAACGGGCUCUGGUGAUGAAAUCGACUUCGGCGAUGAAAUUGGUGAUGAAGAGGAAUCUGGUGAUGAAAUUGACUCAGUUGAUGAAAUGGAAGUAGAUGAAGAAAUGGACGAAAAAAUUGAAUCUGGUGAAAGUGAAAACGAUGAUAUGAGUGAAAAUAGUGAAUUAGACGAUCAUCAAAAAUCACCGCCUAAGAAAAAAAAAGCAAAUAGUAAUUUAAAAACCAGAAAAGAAAAGGCUACAUCUAAAGAUAGAAAAUUAAGUGUUAACAGUGAUGACAUGAGCGACUUAGACUUUAAUAAGAAGUCAAAAAAAGCUAAAAACAACAAACCAGACUUUAAAAAUGCAAAAAGUAAAAAGGAAAAAAUUGUAUGUGCUGAAGAUUUAGAUAAGGUCUUCAGUGAGGAUGAAAUAUCACAUUUAUCAGAUGAUGGGGAUACAGAAGGAUUUUCUGAUAAUGAUGGAAAUGAUAACAUUGAAGAUGAUUCUAGUUAUAAAAAGGCUGAAAAGCCAGAUGUAUGGGAAGAUAUUUACGGUAGAAAACGAGAUAAAGAGGGCAACAUUAUAAAGGAAGAAAAGGGUGUUUAUAUACCUCCACAUCUGAGAAAUAAGGACUCAACGUCAGAUAAGGACUUAGCAUUACUGAAGAGACAAAUCAAAAGUGUCCUAAACAAAUUAGCCGGUACGAAUCUACACUGGGCCUGUACUUCUAUAGAGAAUUUAUACUCCAAUAACAGUAGGAAUUCGGUAAACACGGCGUUGACUCAACUUUGGUUGGAAGCAACCGUGGGUCCAACGAACACUCCAGACAGAAUGGUCGCAGAGCACGCUGCUUUAGUUUCAGUGCUUCAUGCUAAUGUUGGAUCUGAAAUAGGUGCACAUUUCUUAGAAGAGCUUUCAAGGAAAUUUGAUGAAAUGAUGGAAACGCCGCAACCCGUUGAAGAUAAAAGACUUGAUAAUCUUGUGUCAUGUUUGGCACACUUAUAUUGCUUUAAGAUCUACCAUGCGUCUCUCCUAUACGACAUCCUAGCACGUCUACUGCAUCAAGUCUCGGAAAAGAGCAUUGACUGUGUUCUCACCGCACUGAGGAGUGUGGGUGGAGUUCUAAGGAAAGAGGAGCCCGCUGCCCUUAAGACCUUUAUACAUGACACGCAGGCCAAACUCGCUAAACUGCACCAGAGUGCGGAGUCUGGAUCGAGAGUUAAGUUCCUGUUGGAAGUGUUGCUAGCGGUUAAAAAUAACAAUCUGAACAAAAUUCCGAACUAUGAUCCAACAUACGUUGAAGAAUUGAAAAAGGCGUGUCGAAGCGUUGUACGGAGAGGAAAUUACGUCACACCUUUGAAUAUCAGAUUAGAAGACUUAUUGAAAGCUCACGAAAGAGGUAAAUGGUGGGUAGUGGGUUCGGCAUGGGAGGGUAGUCGUAUACAGGAAGACAAACCGACGGUCAAGACGCCGUCUAUGGACCAGAAGCUUCUGGAACUCGCUAGACAACAACGCAUGAAUACUGAUGUUAGAAGAAGUAUAUUCUGUGUGAUUAUGUCAGCUGAGGAUUACCUGGACGCGUUCGAGAAGCUCCAACAUUUGGGUUUAAAAGGGCAGCAGGAAAGGGAAGUGGUUCAUGUAUUGUUAGCAUGCUGUCUUCAAGAGAAGACAUACAACCCAUACUACUCUGUACUCGGGCAGAAGUUGUGCGACUUCGAUAGGAAAUAUCAGUUAUCUAUACAGUAUUCGGUGUGGGAUAAAAUAAAGGAUCUUGAAUCGUUGUCGAAGCAAGCUAUGACGAAUUUAGGACAAUUUCUAAUUCACCUCAUUAUGGAGAAGGGAUUGCCGCUGUCCGUUUUGAAGAUAAUUCAAUUCUCAGAUCUAAAUAAAAAAUCGGUAAGAUUUAUGCGUCAAAUACUUCUAGCAAUCAUCAUGAACGCCGAUCUCCAAGCUUCCUUAGAAGUCUUCCACAGGAUAUCAAAAGCGCCUAAACUACACAUGUUUAGAGAAAGUCUACGAUUGUUUAUACAACACUUUUUGAUUAAAAACGCGGGAAAAAAGACGUCAAUAUUAAGUGAGGAUGAAAUGGCAACACUUAAGGAUAGAACUGUCGAAGUCGAUAAAAUAUUAACAAUGUACGAAAGUAAAUUAAGAUUGUAAAUAUAUAUUUUGUAACUAA